CACUGACAGCUGCUCGUAUGACAGAGUGCACCGCCGUGACAUUGACAUGUUCCCCGCCCAGGACACAGCGGUGCCCCCCUCUCACCUCGACCCCGUGGAAACACUUAAACACGAAUGGCCUUAACACCACGAGAAGUUUUCAUUUUCAAAGACUCAGAAUUUCCCUCCCACCUACUUGCCCAGCUCAACAUCCUCCGUCAGGAGCGUACCCUGACAGACGUCCUGCUCUGCACCGAGCACCAGGAGAUCCCGUGCCACAGGAACGUCCUGGUCUCUAGCAGCCCAUAUUUCCGGGCCAUGUUCUGCAGCAACUUUUUGGAGAGCAGUCAGGCCCGAGUGAAUCUCAAGGGAAUCUCUUCAAAUGUCCUCAGUGGCAUUGUGGACUAUGUCUACACAGGCUGCAUCACUAUCACCAUGGAGAUUGUGCUCCCGCUCAUGCAGGCAGCCUCCAUGCUCCACUACGGAGGUCUCUUUGAGGCAUGUUCCAUGUUCCUCCAGGAGCAGCUGAGUCCAGAAAACUGUCUGAGCAUGAUACGACUCUCUGAGAUCCUUCACUGUGAGAGUUUGAGGGAGAGGGCGAAGGAGAUGGCUGUGAGGUGUUUCUCUGAUGUAGCUGCUACAGAGGACUUCUGUGAGUUGUCUCUUCCCGAGCUUAUGUGUUACCUAGAAGAUGACCGACUUUGUGCCGAGGAGGAGCAAGUGUUUGAGACCCUACUGGCGUGGAUCCACCAUGAACCAUUCUCACGACGCGGUGCCAUCCAUGAUCUCUUCAAGAAAGUCCGUCUUCGCUACAUCCAUCCAACUUACCUCUUCCAGUUCAUCGCCAAUGACCCAUUGGUGCAGUCCUCCACCCUAUGUACUGAGAUAAUCGAGUCAGUGCGCCGCCUCAUGCUGACUGCCAGCUCCAAGUGUAGCCGAGAACUUAAGCCGCUUUGGACCACACCGCGACGUUACACCUGCAGCGAAACACUGGUGGUGGUUGGAGGACGCAAAAACAAUGAACAGACCUCACGUGAAGCCUUACUAUAUGAUGAAAGGACUCAUCGCUGGCAGUGGUUGGCCAAGCUCCCCCUGCGCCUCUACAAAGCUGCAUAUGUGUGCAUUCAUAGCAUCCUCUAUGUGGUUGGCGGGCUCAGCCUCUGCAUGACAUCAGGUGACAGCUCAGUCAGCGCCACAGUUUACACACUCUCCCUGAAGACCAACCAGUGGCGGACUGCUGAGCCUAUGCUGGAGCCACGCUAUGCCCACCAAAGUGUAUCCUAUCUGCACUUCAUUUUUGUGUUAGGAGGCAUUGGCGUUGACAAGAAGAUCUCUCAGUCUGUUGAGAGAUACAACAGUAUGUUUAAUCAAUGGGAGGCCAUGGCGCCGAUGCCCACAGCGGCGCUGCAUCCAGCUGUUGCAGCCAGUGAUCAGAGGAUCUACGUUUUCGGAGGGGAGGACGCAAUGCAGAAUCCAGUCAGGCUGAUUCAGGUCUAUCACAUCUCUCGCAACUUGUGGUCCAGUCUGGAAACAAGGACAGUGAAAAAUGUUUGUGCUCCUGCUGCUGUCAUUGACGACAAGAUCUACAUCAUAGGAGGAUACACCAGGCGAAUGAUCGCCUACGACACCAAAGCCAACAAAUUCGUCAAGUGUGAGAACCUAAAAGAGCGGCGGAUGCAUCACAGUGCAACAGUGAUCAACAACAAGCUCUUUGUCACCGGUGGACGCAUCCUCAACGGCCACGAUGUCAUCGAGGACUCAGACUGCUUCGAGUGUUACGACCCCAAGACAGAUGUUUGGACCUCCAAAGGUUCUUUGCCGUACAAGCUAUUUGACCACGGCUCCCUGCCGCUAGUCUGUGUUUCCAAUAGACCCAACCCACCGUGA